GGGUGGGGGAGCUAUAAGUGUCUUGGGAAGGGUUAAAGGUGAGAGGUCGGGAUUCCGGCUGGUGACCCCGAGAGGGGGGUGGGUGGGGAGGAAGCCUCCUGUGGUUAAGCGAGGAAAAAGAACCGAGAGGCAGGAGAAGGAUGACUGACAUGGCAGAUAACCACAAGGAGAGUUGGGCAGUACUGGUUGCUGCAGCAGAACAGUACCAGCGGCAGACAGGCAAUGAGAUUGUGCUGCUCACAGCCUUCAGGGCCCCACCCACUGGCAGCUUCAACUACACACAGCAUGGAAAGGGGGCUCUGGCCGACGCUGUUCAACGCUACCUCGAAGAUAUUGCGGUUGUUCACAAGACUACUGCUUUCACCUAUGUCACCCGUCCUCCUGCAGCCCCUCGCCCAUCUCCCACUCAUGGAUCCUACUCCCGGAGUUAUCCUCCUACCUGUGCCCCAGACCCUGCUCCCCAUAGGACACCCACCCCCCAGGGGCCUUUGGCUCAAGCUUCUGGUGGCCCGGAACCUGAACCUGAAGAUGAAGAUGAUGAAGGCGAUAGGAAUACUUUGACUGAACUGGAGCAGCCCGGUGGGAGAGAGCAUCCCAGCGACACCACUGGUUUAUUUGUGAUGGAUGAGGAUUCCCCAAGCCAGGACUAUGAACCUUUCUUCGACUCCGAUCUAGAGAGCACUGACGAUGGAAGCCUGAGUGAGGAAGCCCCUGGACAGACAGCCCCUCCACCCCUCAGCCAUCAGUAUGCCAAAUCUCUGCCGGUCUCGGUGCCUAUCUGGGGCUUUAAGGAGCAGCGGCAAGAGAUGCGAUCCUCUGAUGAAGAAAACAGCAAGCAUUCAUCCCCUGAUCUCGAGAAGAUUGCUGCCAGCAUGCGGGCUCUUGUGCUGCGGGUAUCAGAUGGCACAGAGAUGUUUGGUGACCUGCCUCGCCCACGCCUCAACACAAGUGACUUCCAGAAGCUGCAGCGGAAAUACUAAUGGCUCUGUCUCUUCCCCCGUCGGUAUCCUCUUUUCUCCCCGACAUACAGUGGUCAGGGUUGGAAGCUCCCCUCAAGCCAUACAGUUCAAAUCUCCUCUGUUCCCACCUAGCCUGAGCUCCCAUAAGCUUUAAUUUAAAAAUGGCAACCUCAUUUCCACACUACGGUUGGGCUGGAGGGUCUGUGUACCUCCACCCUAGAAAUCCUGCCCCACAUUUCUCCUCCUCCUUGGGUAAUGAGGAGGUACAGCAGCCCUUCUGAGUGGAGUCUGUCUCUCUCUUACACACACACACACACACACACACACACACACACACGAGGAAAAACACUACAGAGGUGUACUGACAAAUACACCGCACCACAUCUGCCUCAUGUACCCCAGCCCCGGCUGCUGGGGGUUCUUGCAAUCAGAGCUUUCCUUUCUUCCCUCCCACCCCCUCCAGAUAAGUGUCUUAAAAGAUCCUUUGCACAUAAGCUGGGUUUGUCUACAGUUUCGUUGCGAUAAGUGUCCCUUUGUGGAACGGUGGGGAAGAGAUCGUGUCAUCUGGCUGCUCUCUCCCCCUCCCACCAGCUCCCUUUCCCACGAAUGUCUCUCCCAGAUUCCAAGAAUGAUAUUUCAGGGUCUGCUUUUUCUAUUGGGGGAGGGGGCUGCAAACAUGAGGCUGCCUUCGGGCAGAUGGAAUGUAAACGGGGCUCUAGGAGUCGUGUACAACCCUCUGUUUAUCCUCCCUUCCCUCUACCUUAGUAUACUUUUGUAUCAGAUUUUCAAGGGCCUUUUCAGGUCCUGACCCUCUAUUUUUGUCCAAAGAUGAUUGGUAAAUCGGAAGGGAGAGGAUGUAUUUUUUUCUCCUUCCUGCCAACUUGCAAGCCAAUAAAAAAUCUGUCUUUUACCAA